AUGGGCAGUCUCAGCUCCCAGACCAGUCUCUAUAACAGACUGGUCACCAUUUUCGUGGCCAUUGGGUCUAUGACAUACGGAUAUUGCGCUUCUAUCAUCUCCAGUACGAUCGGCCAGCCAGGGUGGUAUGCGUACUUCAAUCUUCCACAGGACGGUGAACCUGGAUAUGCCACGAUUACAACCCCCGCAAUAUCAACCGCCAAUGGCGUCUUCAGUGCUGGCGGAGCUGUUGGUACACUCUUCAUGAUGUGGUCAUGUGAAUUUUACGGUCGCAAGGCAAAUAUUCAACUGGGCGCUUUCUUCUCCAUAUUCGGAGGAGCCUUGCAGGCUGGCUCGAAUUCACUGGCCAUGUUCCAAGCCGGUCGAUUUAUCUGUGGUCUUGGGAUUGGUAUUCUGGUCACCGUCUGCCCGAUGUAUCUGUCCGAAAUGUCAAGUGCCAGUCGUCGUGGCUGGUUGGUUGGCCACCAUGCCAUAUUUCUUGUAUUUGGGUACAUGCUCGCUGGAUGGGUGGGCUUUGCGUGUUACUAUGCACAAGAUACCAUGCCGGCAUUCGGCUGGAGAUUCCCCUUGGCACUUCAGUGUCUUCCACCAUUGAUCCUUCUACUCGGAUCUUACUGGCUUCCUCGGUCGCCUCGGUGGCUGAUUUCAAAGGGAAAAUUUGAAGAGGCUAGUGUUGUGCUUGAACGCCUUCGCACCUCACCUGUAUCAGCCAAGGAAGAGUUCCUCCAGGUAAAAGAGCAAAUCAAGCUCGAGGCGGAGCGACUAGCUACAUAUGGUAAUAUUUGGAUGGCUGUUUGGAAGAAAAAGUCGUACAGGAAGCGAAUGAUCAUUGGGUUUGUGACCCAAUGGGGUGCUGAAUUUGGCGGUCCACUAAUCAUCAACAACUACGCCGUACUUCUGUAUACAAAUCUUGGAAUGAAGGGCAGUAUGCCUCUACUCCUGAGUGCUGUUUGGUUGACAACAGCAGGUCUCAUCUAUAACCCUUUGGGAGCUUGGCUCCACGACCGAGUCAAUUCGCGACGCAAGAUGUACAUCACUGGCUUUGUUGGCAUCAUUCUUACUACUUCUUGCCUUGCAGCUAUGACAGCUCAAUUCGCCGGCACAACCAAUCGGGUCGGCAACGGAUUCGGAAUUCUGUUCAUAUACCUGUAUUUGGCAUUUCAAGGAACCUUUUGCGAUACGACAAUGUACCUCUAUGUGUCGGAAAUUUUCCCAACAGAAAUCCGGCCUAUCGGUAUGGGUUUCUCUUUAUUUGGUCAAUUUGCUGCUACUCUCAUUCUUCUUGAGACUGCACCAAUAGGUUUCAACAAUAGCGGUUGGAAAUAUUACCUUGUCAUUAUUUUCUGGUCUGCAUUCUUCAUUCCAGUGAUCUACUUUUUCUUCCCAGAGACUGCUCGGUUGACCCUGGAAGAAAUCGCUAAGAACUUUGGAGAACAAGUCGCGGUUACCCUGACAGAUACCACCGACGAAGAGAAUGCCCAGUUUGAUUCACAAUCCAAUGUGGAUGGUCCAUCACUCAAGACAUCAAGCUAUACAAAGGAUCAUCACAAUGACCUCGAGCCCACUAAAUGA